AUGCGUAAAAGGAAAUCCCUGAAAAAAGCUGACGAAGAAUCGGACGCUUCGGAGCCUGGGGCUGAACCAGAAGAAUUUCAAGACUCUGGAGAAGAUUGGACGCCGGAUGCCGAUUCAAAUGAGCAGCCUGCCAGAGGAGGAAGAAAACGGACUUCAAGAACAUCUCUAAACAAUUCCAAAAAGAAACGUAAAAAUUCAUCAUCUGAAGAAAGUGAAGGAGAGGCUGAGGAGGAUGAUGAAGGCGAAGACGAAGAAGCCGAACUAGAUGAGGAAGAAGGUUCUGACGACGAGAAAAAUGGCUCUGAUGGAAAUAAAUCUGAUUCCAGUCAGUCAAAAGAUAUACCAAAGCAUUUUCAUUCUGGAAACUUUGUUUUGCUAAAAUCUGAUGUUAAAUGGGAUGGUGAUACAGUAAUUUCAAAGUUGGAUGAAUUGAACCUGUGGAAAAUAGAUGGAAAAGCUUUAUUACAGAAGUUCAUUCCUAUGGAAUCUAAUGGAAAAAUUUUACACAAAUGCACAUGUGUGUACUCUGGUUGGAAUGUUGAUAACCGGGACAAUUAUUACCCUAUUACUGAAAUAUUGGACAGAAAUCCACGUACAGAUUCUAAAGAAAUAUGUGUAGCUUUAGAUCUUAACGAUCUUAUCAAAGUAAGAGACAAG